AUGGCUGACCGGAAUGUCACUCUGAUAACUGAAUUCCUUCUCCUGGGGCUCACUGAUAAUCCUGAACUGAAUGUUGUCCUUUUUGUAUUGCUUCUCUUGAUCUAUUUUAUUAAUGUGGUGGGCAACGCGUGGAUUAUCACAAUCAUUCUGGUUAGUGUCCAGCUCCAUUAUCCCAAGUACUUUUUCCUGAGUCAUUUAGCUUUCUUGGAUUUCUGCUAUUCUUCAGUCUUUAUUCCUAAAAUGCUGGCAAGCUAUUUAACGGGACAGAAGGCCAUCUCCUAUCAUGGCUGCCUCAUUCAAUAUUCCUUUGUCAGCUUGUUCCUGACCACCGAGUGCUUCCUUCUGGCAGCCAUGGCCUAUGACCGCUAUUUUGCUAUCUGUCGGCCACUACACUACAGAGGUCUCAUGACCCCCACAGUCUGCAUUCACCUGGUAACAGCUUCUUACUUACUAGGGUGUGUCAACUCAGUCACCCACCUGAGCAGCCUGCUCAGUUUGUCUUUCUGUGGACCCAAUGUCAUCAACCACUAUUUCUGUGAUAUCCCAUUGCUCUUUCAGCUUUCCUGCUCUGAUACCCGAUAUAGCAAAGCUUUAUUUAUUGUUCUCUCCACUACAACCACUGCGACUACCUUUCUGAUAGUGCUUAGUUCCUAUCUGGGAAUCCUCUGCACAGUCGUAAAAAUACACUCUACAAGGGGCAGAUAUAAAGCUUUCUCCACAUGUGCUUCCCACCUAACAGUAGUGACUCUUUUCUAUGGAACAGUGACAUUUACGUAUCUGGGAACCAGCUCUAGCUACCCUCAGGACAGAGCCAAAGUUCUGUCUGUGUUUUAUACCCUUUUGCUACCAGUGCUAAACCUUCUGAUAUACAGUGUGAGGAACCAAGAGGCCAAAGAAGCAAUGAAAAGGAUUAUUAGGAGAAAAGUAUUUGCCCAGUAA